AUGGAGAAUGUGCUACUUACUCAAGAAAUCAUAGCAGAUAUCAGGCUGAGGACAAAGCCUGCUAAUGUAGUCAUGAAAUUAGACAUGGCUACGACUUAUGACAGGGUUUCUUGGCUAUUCUUGCUCAAGGUUUUAAGAAAGUUUGGUUUUUCAGAAGUCUUAGUAGAUAUGAUUUUCAGGCUUGUUAGCAAUUCGUAUUCUGUUUUAAUUAAUGGGCAACACCAGGGAUUCUUUCAGUCCUCCAGAGGUGUCAAGCAAAGGGAUCCUUUCUCUCCUAAUUUGUCCAUUCUAUCUACAGAGGUGUUGACUAGAAAUAUUAAUGCUCUACAUCAGAUUCAUCAAUUUAAAGGUUAUGGUUUCCCUAAAUGGAGUCCUAAGGUGAAUCAUCUAGCUUAUGCUGAUGAUAUGAUAAUUUUUUCUUCAGCAGAUGUGUUUUCUUUACAGCUUGUUAUGGAAAUUUUAAAGAAGUAUGAGAAAACAUCAGCGCAGAAGAUCAAUAAGGAAAAGAGUGCAGUUUACAUGCAUAAAAAUGUUCCUGGUGAUGUGAGCAUUACAGUAGAAAUUGUUACAGGAAUUGGGAGAAAAUAUUUUCCUUUCACCUACUUAGGUUGCCCUAUAUACCAUAGUAGGAGAAAGAAAGAUUUUUUCACAAACAUUUUGAUGAAAAUAAUGAAUAGACUACAGAGUUGGAAAGGAAAACUUUUAUCUUUUGGGGGUAGAGCUAUUCUUAUUAAACAUGUGUUACAAAGUAUGUCAAUCCACCUAUUAUCAGCAGUUAAUGCUCCUAUAGGUGUAAUCAGGCAAAUACAUAAAAUGUUUGCUCAAUUGUUUUGGAGCAAUACCGUGGGAGGUAAAAGUAGACAUUGGGCUUCAUGGAAUCGACCAUGUUUUCCAGUAAUGGAAGGUGGGAUGGGCUUUAGAUCAUUACAUGAUGUAUUUGUGGCAUUAAUUUGUAAAUUAUGGUGGAAUCUGAGAACUAACCAUCCAUAUAGAGGUAUGGGAAAUUCUCGAUUUUGGUUUGAUAAUUGGACAGGAAUGGGUGCUCUAUACUACACUGUAGAAGGCUAUGAUGAGAAUGUUCAAAAUGUUGCUAAUAUGGUGGAUCAGGGGCAGUGGAAUUUGGAAAGAUUGAGAGAACUACUUCCUGAUGAUAUAGUGCAGCAUAGUAGCAACACUAUUAGACCUACAAUGAUAGAAAGGGAAAUGGACAGGCCAUGGUGGAUACUGGAUACUAAGGGUGAUUUUACAAUCAAAUCAGCAUGGGAUUAUAUUAGAUUGAGAGGGCAAAAUAUGGAGCUAACAGGACUUGGUCCUAUUGUUCUUCAAUUGCAGGUGCCGCACAAAUGGGAAGAAUUGAUUGCUAUGUUAGAGAGUGGAGGUAAUAGGCUGAAAGUUAAAAAGGUUGUAUGGAAUCUUCCACCAGCAGGUUGGUUGUUGUGCAAUACAGAUGGAGCCUCUAGGGGAAAUCUUGGUAGAAGUGCUUAUGGUUUCUGCUUGAGGAACAAUGAGGGGAACUUGGUAUAUGCUCAAGCCGCAGAGAUAGACAUUAAUACAAAUACAGAUGCUGAGGUAAUAGCAAUUUUAGAGGCUAUGAGGUAUUGUAGGAAUGAAAGAUUGGAUAAUGUCAUAAUUCAAACUGACUCUAAAAUGAUUUAUAAAAUUUUAGAGGAAGGAUGGAAGCCAUCAUGGGGAAUUGUUAGUCGGAUAGAAGAGAUUUUGGAACUAAGAAGUACUAUGACAAUCUCUUUUAGUCAUAGUUUGAGGGAAGGGAAUAAGCUUGAUGAUGCUCUGGCUAACCAGGCUUUAGAUGAAGCCUCUUUUCAAUGUCAGGAUUUUCAAGGGUUAAGAUGGACGAAGCUUAAUCAUCAUGUUCAAAUUCAUAUGGAGGAGAACAUGGUGGUUUGUUCUAGCUAUGUUUACUUUUUUGCUGGUUUCUAA